AUGGCCAGCGAUCAAACGGAGCUGCCGCCUCCCUUCCAAGACGUCCCCACAGCCAAAGAGAGGCGAUAUGACCGUCAGCUGCGACUAUGGGGUGCCGCUGGGCAGAUGGCGUUAGAGGACACCCACCUGAUCCUCAUCAACAACGGCCCCGGUGUCACGGGGGUGGAGACGUUGAAGAACCUCGUCCUUCCCGGCAUUGGCCAGUUCACCAUUCUCGACUCCUCUAUCGUCUCGGAGGCAGACCUUGGCGUCAACUUCUUCCUUGAACCUUCGUCCCUGGGCAAGUUCCGCGCAGAUGAGACGGUCAAGCUGUUGAUGGAGUUGAAUCCGGAAGUCAAGGGUCAUGCCAUUAAAGAGCCUCUUGAAUCGUUCAUCUCCCAAGAUAAAAUCUUCGCCCCCUACACCCUCAUCCUCGUCACCGCACCCAUCGACCCCGCCAUCCUUUCCCGCAUCCAGCUCCACGCCGAAGCACUGCAAAUCCCCACCUUCUACAUCCACUCCGUCGGCUUCUAUUCCAGCUUCUCCAUCCAGAUCCCACCUGCAUUCCCCAUCGUCGAAACCCAUCCCGAACCCACAGCUACCGACGACCUUCGCGUCCUCAAACCAUGGCCAGCAUUGCAAGACUUUGCAAAUCAGAAGACCACCGGCUUGGAGACAAUGAGCGCGCAUGAGAAAAGCCACAUUCCAUACGUAUGCUUACUCCUAUACUACCUCGAAGUAUGGCGAGCAAACCAUGACGGCAAAGCACCCGAAACGUACAAAGAGAAAGCCGAGUUCCGCGAUCAAUACGUUCGAAAAGGCAGCCCCGACGAAGAAAACUUUGACGAAGCCUGCGCCGCCGUCCUCAAAUCCCUCAAUCCACCCACCGCCAACUCCACCGUUCGCGCAAUCCUCAGCUCUCCGGAAGCAACAGAGCUAACUCCCACCUCUCCACCCUUCUGGCUAAUCGCAAACGCCAUCCACAAGUUCUACACCACUCACAACCAACUCCCCCUCCCCGGCGCCGUGCCGGACAUGAAAGCCCAAUCAGCAGACUACAUCAAGCUGCAAAACAUCUACAAAGCGAAAGCGCGACAGGAUUCCGCCGAGGUGCUGACUACGGUCCGCGAGCUGGAGCGUUCAACAGGUCGCGCGCCCAAACUCGCCAUCGAUGAGAAGGAAGUAGAGAAUUUCUGCAGAGGCGCGGCGCAUAUCCAUCUCGUGCGUGGACGGCCUUUGCAGAUUGUGCGGCCGGGGGAAAAGGUGAAGUUCGGGGAUCGCGCGGAGGAUAUGCUCCGAGAGCUGGAAAAUCCAGAAAGUCUGGUGAAGCUGUAUCUCGCUUUCCUCGCGUGGGACGAAUUCGUCGCCACACACGCUUCUUCACCAGAGCAAGCAGGCGGCGAAGGUAUCCGCGUACCAGGCGACACCGAUCUCGGACUCGAAGCAGACGGCGAGAAACUAACCGGCAUCGCACACAAACUCGUCGACGACCUCAUCACCGAAGCAGGCACGCGCAUCGAAGAGCCAGAGUACAGCGAGAUUCGCGAGAAGGUGGCUGCCAUUUGCGAGGAGCUGGUGAGGGCGGGGGGAGGCGAGUUGCAUAAUCUUGCCAGUUUGACGGGCGGGAUGAUUGCGCAGGAGGUCAUCAAGGUGAUUACCCGGCAGUAUAUCCCGGUGGAUAAUACGUGUUUGUUUGAUGGGGUGGAGAGUCGGGCGUAUGUGUUGAGAGUGUGA